AUGGAAACAGCAACGAUGACAUUUACGGACGUGACCCAUGACCGCCAUAAAUUGAAACAACCGACCAAAGUGCUGUUGACGCUAAGCAACGUAUUGUUGCCCAAGGAGAAGCUCACGUCCACACCGUCAAUGAUCGACGGGUUGGAUUUCGAGACCGAAGUCGACCUAAGGAUCGUAGGCUGCGAGUGGAUUCAGACCGCUGGCAUACUGCUCAAACUACCCCAGGUUGCAAUGGCCACUGGACAAGUGUUGUUUCAACGAUUUUACUACACAAAAUCUUUUGUUCGCCACCCAAUGGAAAUAACUGCAAUGGCAUGCACAUGUUUGGCCUCUAAAGUUGAGGAAUCACCACGACGUAUUCGUGAUGUUAUUAAUGUUUAUCAUCAUAUCCGUCAAGUAUUAAAUCAAAAAUUGAUUACGCCAUUGGUACUUGAUCAAAAUUAUGUACUGAAAAAGACGCAGGUAAUAAAAGCGGAACGACGCGUGCUCAAGGAGCUUGGCUUUUGCGUGCAUGUUAAACACCCGCAUAAACUCAUUGUAAUGUACCUACAGGCACUUGGAUUUGAGAAACAUCAGUCAAUAAUGCAGAUGUCCUGGAACUAUAUGAAUGAUUCGUUACAAACCGAUGUAUUUGUUCAAUUUGAUCCAGAAACUAUUGCUUGUGCCUGUAUUUAUCUGUCGGCCAGGAAAUUACAAAUACCUUUGCCAAAAAGUCCAGCGUGGUACUGUUUAUUUAAUUCAAAUGAAACAGACAUCCAGGACAUCUGUCGUAAAAUACUCAAACUUUAUCUUAGGCCAAAAGUUAUCACGGAAGAUUUGGAAAGGCGAGUGGAAGAAUCAAAGAAAGAAUAUGAUUAUGCUAAGGAGAAAGCUAAAGAAGCUAUUGUUCAUCCAGUAGUACACACUGAUUUAGUUAUACCUACUCCUAGUAAUGGAAUAACUGCUGCUGUUCCAAGAAAUAUUAGUUCAACCACCACAAAUAAAAAACCAAUCAAAAAAAGGAGUAGAAGUAGAACUCCUUUGGAAAUUAAGUCUAGAAGUAAAAGUCCAAGACAUUUAAAGAAAUCUAAGAAAAGAAAAUUAGUACCUACUUACAGAGACUAUAAAGAUUACAAGGAUUACAAAGAUUACAAAGAUUAUAGAAGCAAUGAAAAUUAUAAAUCCAAGUCUAGGAAUUACAACUACCGUAAAAAAUAUUAA